AUGUCAGAACGCCCUAAAGAUAGGAAGAUUGCAUUAUUUUCAAGUUUUUUGAUUCUUUUCCUGUUGUCCAUUCAAUUCUCAUAUUGCACAGUUCUUUACACGCGGGGUAGCAAUUAUGGAUUAUUGGCAGCGUUGGCGAUUCCUUUGGAUUUGCCGAACAGGAACAUAUACGUAGCAUAUAAUUUCGAGGCUAACUAUGGACUUCCGACAAACGAUUCCUACAAUGAAUGGAUAGAUAGAUGGAAUUUAAGUGAAAACUUUGUUGGUAUCGGAAACAAUGUAACUUCAAUUAAUGGAAGAAUGGCUAAACACUCACGAUACACGCGCAGCUCAUUCUAUCGCAGCAUUGUUGGCUAUCUGGAAUUGUUUCAAAUGAAUGGCACAGCAUGUCUAUUGAGAACCAUUUGCGAGGUGGCUGAAUCAAAUUUGGAUGAACACAACGGACUGUUAGGAAGCAUUUUUAAAAUUUUAUUCAUGCCAACAACAUCAGAAUUUGAAAACACAAUUGAACAAGGCGAAAACCUUUAUAAAGCUGAGCAACAUGGAAGAAGUGGAAAAUGUGUGCAAUAUGCAAAGUGGUGUCCUACAGGACUCAUUAAUUUGAUAUCGGCAUGGACCUAAAUUUAAUUUCCACACAUGCAUAAUUUUUACUUCCUUU